UACACACUGUUACAUAGUGCUUAACACUUAAAUAUACCGGAUGAGGUUUUUUUAUAUUUUUAUAAUAAUACAUCUUAAUGGAUCAAAACAUAAACAGGAAAUCACAGGAUAUUCUAAUUAAAAUCAGUGCUUUAAGAAUUAUUAACACCAUAAAUAAUUGUACAAAAUGUCUUUGAAAGGAGCUAGCGCAACCAUUUUCACACGUAGAAAUAAAUGUCUUUUUUUAGCAUUGUUUUCAACAGUUUUAUUUUUUGUUUUAUUGUUAAAUAUUGGAGUAUUCACUAGUGUUCCGACAUAUACAGGCGAACUCUGUAAACUAGAUGAAAUACAAGUUCAAGGAAGUUUUGACAAGAAGAAAUUCUCAGGGAAUUGGUACGCAACUUUUACCAAAGGACUCGAUAAUUCCCUCCUAGCAGCUCUCCUCGACUUCUAUGAUGUAAAAGUUAACUUCAUUCUCAGAGAUGACGGAGAGUUUGAUAUUAAAUCAGUUGGGGGCAAGUUUUAUGGAGUAUGGUGUCCCCAGAAGGACUGGGUCAUAUGAAGGCAAAGGACUCUAAAUAUCCACAGAAACUAUCUAUAUUCUUUGAUACACCAACAGGGAAAAAGUUUGGCACCAAACCAGCAUGGGUUUUAAAAUCAGAUUACAAAAGCUAUGCAGUAUUGUAUUCCUGCUGGGAUGUAACAGAAGAUGGAUUUUGUCAAGCUUCAUCAGCGUAUGCUGUUGUCAUACAGCGUACACGUGAACCGUUACCUAGCAACACAAUGGAUGUCAUUAAAGGUGUAGUGACUAGGUCGUGCAUAAACCCGAAAGCCUUGAGACCCAUCAAACACGACGGCUACUGUAAAUCUAACCAAGAUGCUAUAAGCUGAACAAAGUACAUAAGCUGAGCUAUGUAGCACAUAUAAUACAUGGCAGGGGUACAGAAAUCUUGUCAUAUUUAUUUAAAUUUUAAGAAGUGAAGUAUAUGAAAAAUUUCUGAAGAUCACUUUGGUAUUGACUUACAAAAAGUUGUGUAAAAAUUGGGUAAAAAAUAGUGUAAAAAUUGUGUAUAAAAAUGGUGUAAAACUUGGUGUAAAAAUUGUGUUAAAAUUGUGUAAAAAUUGGUGUAAAAUUAGUAUAUGCUUUUUUAUUAACUGAGAGUAAAGUAUAUAUUAUCGUAAAAGCUUCAAGCAGCUUUCACUUAACAAGACAAAAUUAUAUGUUAAAUAACAAAUAGGUUAUACACAAUUUAGUUUAAAUUUAACAAAGAAAUAGAACUGUAAGUGACACAGAAGAGUCAUAUAUAACAAGUUUGUUUUACAAUGAUGCAUUAAUCACCUAUAUCUCACAUUACUAUUUAUUACUUUUCCUCAUUCAUUUGAUCCAGAUUUUGUUGUUUUUCUUUCUUUUUUUUCCCCCUUUAACAUGUUUAAUAAUGAAAUUUUCUUUCCAUGAUAAUUGAAUUGAGCUGAAUUAACUAUAUAUUUCAAAAUAUUGACUGUUAUAAUGGUUUAUGACCAUCAAUUGAUACAUGAAAAUGUUAAGGAUAAAAUAUAAAUCUGCCUAUAAUAUUAAAAGACAGUCCAACUCCUUUUAUAAAUUGAUCAUUAUAGGUAAUUUCCAUUGAUAUUUACUGGUAUUUCCUUGGGCUACACAAGUUAUUUAUCAUUAAUCUGAAAUAAACAAUUGUGGUAAAAUGUAAACUUUUUUUGGACUUUCACCUGUUCACUCAGUAGAUACCCUUCCACAGGCAUGUCACUUUAAAAAGGUGUAUGAAAGUAAAAUGAUUCCUGUCUUACAAGUGCUUCUAGAUAAGUUAAGUAAAAUUUAAAAUUGGAAGAGUACUUUCCAAAACCUUUGGGUUUAUUCAAAGUUACAUUUGAUUGACAAUUUAAUAGGCCUAUUUUAGAGUAAUGAUUGAACUGUCAGAAACAGACAAAUCAAAUACAUAAUGACACAAUCAUACAAAAUGACAUAAUAUUAAGUUUCAUUGUCGGCUAUAUUUAAUUAAAUUUAAAUUGUGUCCAUGAUAGACCGUAAUAUUUUCCUUCCUCAGACAUAACACCCACUGGUGUUUUUAGCAUGAUUUUGAGUACAUUUAAUAAGAAAUUGUUUAUAAUCAUAGCCUUUGAAAUUUAUAUCUCAUAUAUACCACAUAUAUAAUUAUUUCACUUACAGUAAAUCAUAUAUACUAUGUCACAAUGUGUACGAUAAGUAAGGGCUACCAUAUAGCAUAUUAUUCCUAUAUUAAUUUAUUAUUUAAACAUGCAGUACAAUGCAAUGUUACAUUUUUUUUUUUUUCAUAAUUAUUUCAUUUUUUUUUUUUUUUUCAUUUUGCAUUUCACCAUUGAAUUAUGUUUGCACAAAUUGUUCACUAUUGAAUUAUGUUUACGUAAACUGUGUAAGGUCAGUAAAUCAUACUAAAUGAAACAAAAAAAAAAUGAAAUAGUCUUCUUUAAAAAAGGAAAUAAUAAGAGUAUUAAUAUUACAUCUUCUUCUCCACAAUAUAAUAAUACCUGUAUAUAGAGAAUAUUGAAUGACUGUAGGUUCAAUACUAAAUUUAUUAAACAAGUUGAAAAAUUAUAAUACGUGAGUCUCAAAAACAAUAUUAUUUUAUUCAACAAGUUCAAUAAAUUCAGUAAUGAACCUACACGAAUAUAAUAUUCUAUUUAUCACAUAACUAAAAUACAAUGUUUAAAGUGAAAUAAGAGUCAUUUUUCAUUGACGCGCCUAUAAUGUAAAAGCUAAUAUUUAGCAAGUCUUCACACUAUGUUUGUCUAACGCAAAUGAAGUCACAUCAAAAUAUAUGGACAACAGUGCAAUACCAUUUUUACGGGUCGCAAAAUCGGCAUGUGUAUGUGAUAAAUCAUACAAUGAUAAAACAUUCUCCAUACAUUUUUCAAGACACAGGAAAGAUCUAUAUUUCACAAUGUUGUUAUUGUUUAUGUAACAUUAAAUUUUAUCUUCUGGAAAAUUCCAACAUAAUACUCCAAUUAUUGCAUGCUAAUUGGUUUGUCCAACCAUUUCUUUGUUUAAUUGUAAAUAAAAUGUUAAAAUAAAA